AUGCUCUUCACAGCCGUCAAGGUCGCUGCCUUCUCCGCCCUUGCUGCCCAGGCAAGCGCAAAGACAAUCAGAAUUGAUGUCGGUAAAGAUGGCCUGACAUUUUCUCCUGAUUCGGUUACGGCUGCCAACGGAGACAUGUUGGAGUACCACUUCUACAAACAGCACAGCGUAGCUAUGGGUGACUUUGCAAACGGAUGCAGACCGGCUGCCCAAGGUGGUUUCUUUUCUGGUGUAAUGAGAACUUCGGGUAACGGAGAAAAUGACCAGGUUUUCCAGGUCAUGGUGAAUAACACAAACCCAAUGGCCUUCUACUGUACUGUCGCUAGCCACUGUCAGAACGGCAUGGUCGGCGUCGUCAAUCCAUCAUCCACGGAUUCACUCGACAAGUACACAUCUACGGCGAAGAGCGCCUCCACAAACCAGGCUCCUCCGGCCGUGUUCGGUGGAAGGAUGGCCCAAGGCUCAGCGACAUCGCCGAGCGGAGCUUCAGGCACAGCUUCUGGUGCCCAACCGACAAAAUCGGGAGCUGCUUCGCAUAUGCAGGCUUCUCUUGGGGGCAUCGGUGCCGCUGCUCUCGGAUUCGCUGCCUUCCUCAUGUAA